AUGGACCCUCUUGAUUACCUUACGAAAUGGUAUGUGGUUACAACGGUUGGGGUUAUUCUCUACUCCGUUUACCAAUAUAUCCAUACUAAACAAUUAAUGAAAAGAUUGGGUGCUAAACCUUUUACUAAUGAUGAAGGAGAUGGUUGGUUUGGAUUCUAUGUUUGGAAACAAUUACUUGAUAAGAAAGCUGAAGGAACACUUGUUGACUUUGGUCAUGAACGUUAUGAGAAAAUUACCAAUCCAAAUUGUGAAACUUUUCAAUUUAGAAUAUUUGGUAAGCCUUUAAUCAGUACCAAGGACCCUGAAAAUAUCAAGGCUAUCUUGGCUACUCAGUUUAAUGAUUUUUCAUUAGGUAGAAGACAUGAAAUUUUCCAACCAUUGUUGGGUGAUGGAAUUUUCACUUUGGAUGGUGAAGGCUGGAAACAUUCUCGAGCAAUGUUAAGACCACAAUUUGUUAGAGAACAAGUUGGUCAUGUUAAGUUACUUGAACCUCAUCUUCAAGUGUUUUUCAAACAUAUUCGUAAAAACAAAGGUAAAGUGUUUGAUUUACAAGAAUUGUUUUUCAGAUUGACUAUUGAUUCAGCAACUGAAUUUUUGUUUGGAGAAUCAGUUCAAUCUUUGAGAGAUGAAUCAAUUGGUAUGCAACUAGAAGCUACUCAAAUUGAUGGGAAACAAGAAUUUGCUACUGCUUUUAAUUUCAGUCAAAACUUUUUAGCUUCAAGAUCAGUUUUGCAAGAAUUGUAUUGGCUUUUGAAUACCAAGAAGUUCAGAGAUUGUAAUGCCAAGGUUCACAAGUUUGCCAGCUAUUAUGUUGAAAAAGCAUUAAACUUGACUGAAAAAGAAUUACAAGAGGAAAAGGGAUACGUGUUCCUUUAUGAGUUAGCUAAACAAACCAAAGACCCUGUGAUUUUACGUGAUCAAUUAUUGAAUAUCUUGGUUGCUGGUAGAGACACAACUGCUGGAUUGUUGUCAUUUAUGUUUUUCGAAUUGGCUAGAAACCCUGAUGUAUUUGAAAAAUUAAAGGAAGAAAUUUACACCAAAUUUGGUUCUGGAGAUGACGUUCAAUUCAACGAAAUUACCUUUGAAACAUUAAAGCAAUGUGAAUAUAUGAAGGCAGUCAUUAACGAGUGUUUGAGAUUAUACCCUUCUGUGCCUCAGAAUUUUAGAAUUGCAACCAGAGACACAACAUUACCUCAUGGUGGAGGUCCCGAUGGAAUGUCUCCGGUUUUAGUUAGAAAGGGACAAAAUAUCGUAUAUAUAAUCUCGUCCACCCAUAAAACUGAAAAGUACUAUGGUAAAGACGCUGCUGAUUUUAAUCCUCAAAGAUGGUUUGAACCUGAAACCAAGAAGUUGGGUUGGGCAUUUUUGCCAUUUAAUGGUGGUCCUAGAAUUUGUUUAGGUCAACAAUUUGCCUUGACUGAAGCUUCUUAUGUUACUACAAGAUUAAUUCAAGAAUUUCCAAAUUUGACUUUGGGUGAUCCAGAUACCAGAUAUCCACCAUUAAAGAUGUCACAUUUGACAAUGUCGCUUUUUGAAGGUUGCAAUGUUAAGAUGUGGUAA